AUGAAGUUACUCGCUGCAACUGUCCCAAAUGACCCCUUUGACUACAUCGUUGUGGGUAGUGGCCCAGGAGGUAUCGUCACUGCUGAUAGGCUUUCUGCCAAUGGCAAAAAUGUGCUUCUGAUCGAGAGAGGACCCCCAUCUGAAAGAAGAUGGGGUGGGAGGCGGAGAGGAAGAUGGCUUGAAAACUCGAAUCUCACGAGGUUUGACGUUCCAGGCCUUUACGACCUCAUAUGGCAGGACAGCGCCGACAUCAAGUGCCCGGACGUUGUGCCUAUGGCAGGCUGUGUCCUAGGUGGUGGAUCCGCCAUCAACGCAGGCCUCUGGUUCAAGCCUCAAAGCUUGGACUGGGAUUCCCAGUUUCCUGAUGGUUGGAAAGCCGAGGGCCUCUCCGCUGCCACGGAUAGAGCUUUCGAGCGUGUACCGUGGACUAGUAUUCCUUCUAGCGAUGGGAUUCUGUACAAUUGCGAGGCUAGUGACUUGAUUGCGAAGGGACUCGUCAGUGACGGAUGGGCUAGCGUUGGGGCAAACAGUGAGCCUAAUGCUAAAAACAAAACCGUCUCACAGUCAGAGUACUUCUUCCAGCACGGAGAGAGAGGAGGGCUCUUAGAGACCUAUCUGGUAUCAACAGCAGCCCGUGGAAACUUCAAGCUUUGGAUGAACACACUCGCCACCAGAGUAGAGAGAAACGGAGGUAGCGUCACUGGUGUGCAAGUUGAGCCUUCUGGUGACGGCGGCUACAAUGGCACUGUCAAGCUUGCUUCAGGCGGCCGAGUUAUUCUCUCCGCAGGAGUGUUUGGCACAGCUAAGAUUCUGUUUCGGAGCGGGAUUGGCCCCAAAGAUCAGCUAGACGUCAUCCAGAAAGCAGAGCCAGAUGCACUCAUCGACUCUGCCCAAUGGAUUGACCUUCCGGUUGGGCACAACCUCGAUGAUCAUUUAAAUACAAAUAUCAUGUUCGAGCAUCCGGACAUAGUGAACUACGACUUCAACAGCGCUUACAACAACCCUAUUUCAGAUGAUGCAGCAGCAUAUCUUACCGACAGAUCAGGCAUUUUGACCCAAGCCGCCCCGAACAUCAAUCCCAUCUUCUGGGAUGCGGUCAAAGGAGACGAUGGCAUCGACAGGUGGUUUCAAUGGACGAAUUAUGUUGCCACAGAUACUUCCGAAAUUGCAGCUGCCCUCGGACUAGGCAAGACUUCGAGGGGACGCGUCACAAUCAACUCGUCCCUUGUUAUGGAUGUCAGCGCCGUUGUGGCUACUGUUAGUGGGGUCGUCAAGGCGAUUUCUUCCAUUCCUGGAGCCACGAUGAUCAACCCUGCCCCUGGUCAAGAAGUACGAGAUUACGUUCGAAAUUUGGCGGUUAAUGCCGGCCGUACCGCCAAUCACUGGGUCGGAACCGCUCGUUUUGGAACCGACUCUGCCCUGGAGGGGGGUAAAUCCGUCGUCGAUCUCAACGCGCAAGUUUAUGGAACCAGAAAUUUGCAUGUUGUUGACGCGGGAAUACUCAAUGGGAUUUUUACCGCGAAUCCGCAAGCUGGUAUUGUUGUUGCUGCUGAGAAGGUCGCGGAAGCUAUCAUCAAACUCCAUGAGUAGACCGGAGCUUUGUCGCCGUGUUUGCCCGUAAUUGUGGUGGUGAAGACUUCAGAGAGUCACUCAAUUGUUUUCUUUAAGGCAUCCUCGCCUAUGCGAACCUCGGUAAUAAAAGACU